CUAGAACCUAAGGGGCGGGGGCGUGAAAAAGCCCGCGCGCAGGGAAGCAGAUUCGUCCAUAUUUGGUUAUUGGUUGCACCUGCGGGAAAGACGAAAGAUUUCGUGUUGGUGAAGUUCUGGAGAAGAAAAGAGAGACGUUUCUGUUGGCUGUUGCAAGUUUUGUCCUGGCCACCAUUUGGAGAGGAUGUACAAAACGAAAAUACCUGCAAAGAAGAGAGUACGGGUUCCCACCCAGAAAAUGAAGGAACUGCAGAACUCCCCGCCCACCAAUGAGCAACCUGGGUGUUUUGCAUUCGUCAGAUGGGAGGAUGGUUAUACUGGCAAAGUCUUUACAGGAUCUGACAUUUUGGCAAGAGAUGAGGCUCCUGUGCAGCUGCAAGAUCUUAGAUCAGGAGAUCCUGUUUUAGCAAAGUGGUCAGAUGGUAAAUUUUAUAGGGCCAUUGUUGAAUAUAUUUCAAGGGAAGACCAGGCUAAUCCGCCAAAAGGCCGCACAACUCCACAGGGCUUUUUAAGUUUGUUAAAAGGCGAUGAGCCAUCAGACUCAACGUCAGGGUCUGAUACCAUUAUAGUGGAUAGGAGCCAACUGUCUGAGCAUGGCGAGGAAAUCCCAGCGUUGAAUCCAUCAUCUGACGGGGGACAUGCAACAGGCUGCAACACCGCUGGCCCACCACCUUAUGGCUCUACAAAAGGGGGCACCAUUGUUCCAUCACCCUACGGAGGCAAUACCGUCAGCCCAUCACCGUAUGACCUCAACAACUCUGGUCCACCUCCCUACGGAAGCAAUACACCCAACCCAUCACCGUAUGGCCUCAACAUCUCUGGUCCACCUCCCUACGGAAGCGAUACACCCAACCCAUCACCGUCUGGCCUCAACACCUCUGGUCCACCUCCUUACGGAAGCAAUACACCCAGCCCAUCACCGUAUGGCUUCAACACCUCUGGUCCACCUCCUUACGGAAGCAAUACACCCAGCCCAUCACCGUAUGGCUUCAACACCUCUGGUCCACCUCCUUACGGAAGCAAUACACCCAGCCCAUCACCGUAUGGCUUCAACACCUCUGGUCCACCUCCCUACGGAAGCAAUGCACCCAGCCCAUCACCGUCUGACCUCAACACCUCUGGUCCUUCACCCGACAGAGGCCAUGCAGCUCACCUGGCACCAAACAGGAGAGAUGCAUGCAACUCCUCUGACGAGGGCAACAUCCCUGGACAGCAGGAAGAAAAUGCAUGGACACCAUGUGAUGGAUGCAAGGGGGAGGUUGAAAAAAUCCUUCAUGAAAAAAGAAGAAUCAAUGAAGUUAUCUCAAGAAUAGAUCCAGGCCAGGUCAGAGAGCUUCAGACACUACUGGAGCUCAUUGGAGAGAGGCAUCAUGACGGCGCAACAUCUACAUUAGGCCAGCAGGAGCUCUUUCCUGGGAGCGGCAUAUUAAUAUCCUCAUUCCGCCUUGCUGCCUUGCAUCAAGCAUCCAAACCAAACAGCAUGCGUCUCUUUCAUGCACUUUUUGACCAUUUCUUCACUUUGGAGGAAUGUAAAAAUGCAGUCCCCUUUGGCCGACCCGGCAACAACCCCUCAGGAAGAGGAAAACGGGUCCUUGACCGCAAAAAGGUUGACGGAAUCCUAACUUAUGUCCUGAGAUGUGGCACUCUGCCUGGUUGGGAUGAAAUCGAGGAGGCCAAGCUCAAGAAAGCCUUUGUCAACAAAUGUAGGGCCAGAGCAAAUUCUAAGGCUUAGGCCACUGCUGUAGUCUACAGUAUGUGGAGUGUGUUCUUUCUCACCAUUGUUAAGUUUAGGUUUUGUAGUACGGAGUGUGUUCUUUUUCAUGGACCAGAGGUGUUAAGACCGUACCAAGUUGAGGUUUUGUAGUACAGGUGCUGGUCAUAUAAUUAGAAUAUUGGGGAAAAGUUAUUUUAAUUUCAGUAAUUUUAUUUCAGUGAUUUAAACUCGUAAAUGUGAGACUUGUACAUUAUAUAGAUUCCUUAGA